AUGCAGACCAGCUUUGCAAGUAUAUGGCUACCAGUCGCACUACUCAGUUCCCUCGCGACGGCUUCUAUGAACAACAUCCGCAAUGGCGGCGGUUAUGUUAACGCGGUCUACUUUGUAAACUGGUUGGUCAGUCGAAGGUUGCACUGGUCUUGUUGGUUAACAGGCUCAGGGGCAUUUACCAACGUUCCGCGUGGCGAACUUUGCUCGAACAUAAACCUCAACGCAUGCCUAGGUUGGAACGAUGCCGGACACAACGCGUAUGGCUGUGUCAAGCAGCUUUUCAAGUUAAAGAAACAGAGUCGCCAUAUGAAAGUAUUGCUGUCAAUCGGCGGCUACACGUGGUCAACAAAUUUUCCAUCCGUGGCAAGAUCCCCCACAGCCCGAAGCACCUUUGCGAAGAGUGCCGUCGGACUGUUAAAGGAUUGGGGUUUUGACGGGAUUGACGUCGAUUGGGAAUACCCGGCAGAUGCGGCACAAGCGGCAGACAUGAUACUGCUCCUCCAAGAACUCCGGAGGGAACUAGACGCCUAUGCCGCUGCGCACGCCGACGGUCACCACUUUUUGCUAACGAUUGCCGCUCCAGCCGGCCCGGAAAACUUCAACAAGCUGCGCUUAGCAGAAAUCGGUAGUAUUGUCGACUAUGUCAACUUGAUGUCUUAUGAUUACUCCGGAAGUUGGAGUCGCGUGAGCGGCCAUGCCUCGAACCUUUUUUCCAGCAGUGAGCAUCCUGCUGCCGCUCCAUUCAACACAUAUGACGCUAUUAAAGCAUACACCAGAAGUAUUCCACCAGGGAAGAUGGUUCUCGGAAUUCCGGUGUAUGGGCGCUCGUUUGCAAAAACUACUGGUAUAGGGCAAUCAUUUUCCGGAGUGGGCUCCGGAACCUGGGAGCCAGGGGCCUUGGACUACAAGGCCUUGCCCAAACUCGGGGCCACGGUGCAAACUGACGACACUGCAAACGCGUCGUUCAGUUACGAUAUGGCUACGCAGGAGCUUGUCUCCUACGAUACUCCGGAGAUUGUGCGCACCAAGGCUGCAUAUGUCAAGCGGUUGGCCUUAGGUGGGAGCAUGUUCUGGGAAGCCUCUGCGGAUAAGAACGGAACAGAUUCCCUAGUUGGCACCAGCUUUCAGUCAUUGGGCUCCCUGGAUUCGUCUCAAAAUUAUCUGCAUUACCCAGACUCGCAGUACGAUAACAUCAGAAAAGGCUUGCCCUGA